GUGCUAUGCGCUCGUGACGAUUUGCUGACGCGCCUUCAGCCCCUCCACCCUGGAGAGAGAUGCUGCGAGGGAGCGAAGGGGCUGGGAACCGGUCACUCUAUCUCUCUCUUUCUUGAUCGAAUGUGAAGGAAGCAAGUCCUGCGGCAAAACGAGCGAAAUUCCACCGAUACCAGGAGAGGCAUCCCGGCUCUGUUGUAGAAAUGGAGGUUCCAAGAUUGGGACACAACUUAACCAGCCCGAUGAGUCCGUGUGAGGGUAUGAUAAAGAACCUCAGCUUGGACGGUAUACAAUUAUGCGAGCGAGAGGGUAAUAAAUCCCAGGACAGCGGCAUCGUAGAGAUGGAGGAGCUUCCUGUCCCUCAGAACAUCAAGAUCAGCAACAUCACAUGUGACUCUUUCAAGAUUUGCUGGGACAUGGAGCCCCGUGUCAAGGAGCGCAUCACUCACUACUUCAUUGACCUCAAUAAGAAGGAGAACAAGAACUCCAACAAGUUCAAACACAAGGAUGUCCCCACUAAGCUGGUGGCGAAGGCGGUUCCUCUGCCCAUGACGGUGAGGGGUCACUGGUUCCUCAGCCCGCGUACAGAGUACACUGUGGCUGUCCAGACAGCUUCCAAACAGACCGACGGAGACUACGCUGUGUCAGAGUGGAGCGAGAUCAUAGAGUUCACCACCGCCGAUUAUUCCACGGUGCAUCUAACCCAACUGCUGGAGAAGGCUGAGGUCAUCGCAGGGAGGAUGCUGCGCUUCUCUGUGUUCUAUAGGAACCAGAACAAAGAGUACUUUGACCAGGCCAGGGAGGUGCAUGGGAACCGCAUGCUGCCAGCAGUGAAGGACAACAGUGGAAGCCACGGCUCACCUAUCAGCGGAAAGCUGGAGGGCCUCUACUUCAGCUGCAACACAGAGUUCAACACAGGCAAGCCUCCCCAGGAUUCCCCCUACGGCCGCACACGCUUUGAGAUCCAGGCUGAGACCCUGUUCAACCCCAAGACUAACCUCUACUUCGGGGACUUCUACUGCAUGUAUACAGCCUACCACUAUGUCAUACUGGUGCUGGCCCCACAGGGCUCACCCGGCGAUGACUUCUGCAAGGCAAGGCUGCAAGCGCUCGACAUCACCAACAACCACUUCCUGACGUGCACGCUGGACGAGGAGGCGGGCGACGGGGCGCUGGUGUUCCGGCACGCCCAGGAUGUGAUCCUGGAGGUGAUUUACACGGAUCCCGUGGACCUGGUGCUGGGCACGGUGGCAGAGAUCAGCGGGCACCAGCUUAUGAGUCUUUCUACUGUCAACGCCAAGAAGGACCCCAGCUGCAAGACCUGCAACAUCAGCGUGGGACGCUAGUGGGAGACUGGACUGGACCUGUGCUACAAACACAUGCAACCCCAACCUUUACACACCUCUAUAUCCACAAAGAACCACCCUCCCAAAAGAAGAACAGUGCAAAAGAGGGACCCAGACUGUGAAAGAAAUGUAACAGGGUGCGGUGCUAGAAUUCACAAUCCAAUAGCAUACACACACAAACAUACACAUAAACAAAACACAUCAUCCAUAACCCUUUACAUCCUCCAAGGAUCACCCUCCCAAAAGUGUGGAACUCUAUUCCAGCCUUCCGCCAACCCCGUCAGAAGAAAAACAAUGCAAAAGAGGGAGGUGCCCCAACUGAAAGAUCUACAGCUUAAGUGUGGGACCCCAACAACUUUGUCAGCAUCAUCCAAACCGGCUAGCCAACACUGGUCAAUUAACUGACUGAUCCCUUUAAAUGUUCUAACCAAACAUUCAUUGUUGCCUGCAUUUAUUCACACAGCUUUUCUCAUAGAUUUUCCCUCCUGUUGUUUUUCAAACAUCUCCUUCUCCCUUUGACAUUUUCUGUUCACUUCAGUCCAGGUAGACAGGUGGUUGUGUUCCUCUUUUUCUGUCUCUUCUGGAAGGUCCAAGUUACUCCAUACCUCCCUCCCUCUAUUGGCAGAGACUGGUACUAAUUUAGGGCUGCAGUGUCAUCAUCUUUAUGCCAAAGGUAUCACAAAUGGAAAUAACUUGCUGUAGAAUAACAAUACUAAUGCAACAGCCACUAAAAAGCAAAUUAACUCUGAGAUCAUCUUGGUAAUUACUACUUGGUAACCUUUAAGAGCAUGAUGCUGUCGACUGCAAUGUUUUAUGUUUUAUUUAUUCUAGUUAUAAGGAAACCAUAGACUGUGUUUAGCAAAGUAAGUGUGAAAAUAUUUAUUUUUUACUGAUAUAUAUAGAAACCAAAAGUGCACAAUGUCAAGAGAUCUGAUCAUAGGAAAGAAUGGCAUUUUGGGAUAAAAAUAUAUAAAAAUAUAUCCCAUUUAGCAGACGCUUUUGUCCAAAGCGACUUACAAGUCGGCUGGGGCCACUACUUUUACAUAUGGGUGGCCCCAGCGGGAAUCGAACCCACGACGCUUGGCGUUGCAAGCGCCAUGCUCUACCGACUGAGCCACACAGGGAUGAAAAACACAUUUGACUGCAGGAGUUACUUGCCCUAUGCCAACAUUCACACAUUUUUUUUCUAGGUAAUUUAUAACUUGAAUUGCCACAAUGCAUCAUGUCAACUAUUAACUAAUACAUAUCAUAGUACAAAGUGGGACUAAAAACCGAUUGACAUACACAAAUAUUCUACAGGAUUGUCGGAUUGUAUAUUUGGAUGACAUAUCCUCCUUGCCAAGAUUGCACUUUUCAAAGUGCCACAUUUGAACAUAGUACACCACCUGUUAUACCGAGAAUAGUUUUGCGAGAAGAAAAUGCAAGUAACAAUAGUGUCAUAAAAUAGCUUAGAAAUUGAUAAAACAUGUAUCUAACAUCAACUGUGUUAUAUUUGUUCUCUUUGUUUCCUUAAAAUUAAACUGUUACACUCGCUACAUCAGUUGCAUAAAAUAUUACAAUUCCAUCAGUUGCAUAAAAUAUCAUUUGUUAUCAUAAAUAACAAAGUACUUGUUAUGGGACAAAAAAUUGUUGGAUGUCGCCCAGCAACUCUUGUAUCAUCUUGCCAUCACUCUUAACUAAAGUGAGAGUCAGUCAACAUCAAAGUAAUUUAAAGUGCAUCACCAUGUAACCAUGGCAUGAAACAUGACAAGAAGUACCGGUAUUUCACUUUGAAAAUUGUUUAGAAACUAAAGGUCCUAUAAAUGAGUAAAAAAGUGUUUCAAAAUAAAAGUCCCACUGUGAAGGAAGCUUAGACAGUCUUCUAAGUAUCCUGUUUACUGAGCAGGGCUUCCAGUAAGUGGAGUUUAGCUUUUAGGUGCUUGUACUCGCAGUACUCCUCUGCCAUGGGCCCGCGGUCCUCUUUCUGGGCAUUCCUUUAAAGACGAGGAAGAGAAACAUACUAUCUUAAUAUUUUAGACAAGCUGCAGCUUCCUUUACUGGUAUAGUCCUUGUGUUGCCUUAUUCAGAUAACAUUGUACAGUGAGUAUUGUAAUUAAAGCAUUGUAUUUUAGGGCUCUAUUCAAUCUGCAUCACGGAAAUUCAGCCUUACAGCGUGAUUGAAAUUUAAAGGCAAUGUUCCCACUUAGGUGGAGAAUGCAUUCAUGGUAAACGCUGCUUAUGUCGGCUCAAUCGGAAAUGGACUUUACAUUUCUAUUGGGGAAUCUGUAAUGCUUCAGUGUUACAGAUUGAAUAGAGCCCUACUUAAAAAAACUGCUACAUGUACAAAAGAUGUGUGUACUGUAGUUCAGAGCAGUUGUCUAUUUCUCUGUCUCUCUCCUAAGUACUUCUUUGUGUCGUAUUAACGUGAGUGUGCAUCACGCUGUUGUAUCAUUCUGCUGAUUUCUUUUGGUGGAUGUUUUAUUUUAUUUUUCACAAGGCAUUGUUGAACUAUGGAUACCAAAUGUUCCAGUUUGUUAAAAGAAAAUUAAAGAAAAAGCAAACA